AUGCCUGUGCCAGCACCUGUAUCAGUGUCCCUGACUGUGCCUGUGAGUUUGUCUGUGGCUAUUCCUGUUCCUGGGCCAGUGCUAAUGCCUGUACCUGUACCUUUGUCUGUGUCUGUCCUGGAGUUCAUGCUUGUGCCUCAGUCAGUGCAUGUGGCACUACUUGUGCCUGUGCCUGUGCAGUUGUCUACAGCUGUGCUGGUGCCUGCCCUUUACCUGUUCAUGAUCCGAUACCUGUACUGCUGUGCUUCUGCCAGUGUCAGUGCUUGUGUCCACGUAAAUGCUUGUAUCUGUGCCUAUGUCUGUGGCAGCGCCUGUGCCUCUGGCAGUGUCAAUGGCUAUCCAUGUGAUAUGCCUGUGCCAGUGGAAGUGCCUGCAUGUGGGCCAGUUCCUAUUCCUGUAACAGUGAUGUUGUUUCUGCACCAGAGCCUGUGCCUGUACCCUGUGCUUGUAUCUGCGCUAGUGUCUAUGCCUGUGCUGGCGCCAAUACUCAUUCCAGCGACUGUUACAGUGCCAUUGUUGAAGCCAGUGUUGGUUCUGGAGCCAGCGUUAGCACCUUCACCACAUGACAUAGUAUGGUUGCAUGUGGAGCCAGCUGCAGCAUGUGUGUGA